AUGGAGAGGAUCAGGAGGCAGAAGCUGAAGGAAAGGCUUUACGCUCUUCGAAGUGUCGUCCCAAACAUUACAAAGAUGGACAAGGCAUCGAUCAUCAAGGACGCAAUUGACUACAUUCAAGAGCUUCAGGGGCUAGAGAGGAAGUUACUGUCGAAGGUAUCAGAUCUCGAGGUGUCAAAUGCGUUUCUAGAAAUUAUUCACGAUAUCGAGCAGGAUGAUGUGUACCAUACGCAGAGGAAGGGAAAGAGAACUUUGCGGAAUCCGCCUCUUGCUCCGGGGUCACCAUUCAUGCCCUCCAUCGAAGUUUUGGAACUAAGGGUGUCUGCAGUGGAAAAUAAAACUCUGGUUGUAAACUUCACUUGCAAAAAGAAGACGACGGAUACCCAAACUAAGAUGUGUGAAGUAUUUGAGUCUCUUAACCUCAAGAUCAUCACAGCCAAUAUCGCCUCUAACUCUGGGAGCCUGUCAUAUACGCUGUUUGUUGAGAGUGAUGACAUAGACAGUGCUGGGCUGAAGGGCAAGAUUGAAGCAGCCAUUGCAGAAGUUGAUGUUCCAACAAAUCCCAUGAGUUUCCAUUGA